GUUCACGAAAACCAUCGGCACUCCUGCUGGACCCUGCGAGCAAAACACAAUGCAGAGAGUCCCGUCCAGAACUUUGUCGCCAAGUGGCGUUUGCGCCCUGCUGCUAUUUAUAUUUUGUGUAUUGCAACAUGGACGUAGACCCGGCGCUUCCAGCCGAAAACCCAGAGCUUGCAAACAUCGUGACACAUAAACAUUCUGGGAAGAAAUCCAUCAAGCGCGACAAGCCCGUUAGUGCCGUUAGCAGCAAGAAAACAGACAAAGCACGGUUGCAGGACCUUGAGGACUACGUGGAGCGGCUGAAAGCCCUUCCAAAAUCGUCGGCUUGGGCGAAGCAUAGGCUGGCAGUGGCUCAUAAGGCCAUUUCAAUUCUGCAGGAAACUUCGCGGGCAAACCGCACGUCCGAGCAAGCGUCGCAGCUGGAGCAGCUCCUAAAGCAGCUGCAGCUUUAAGCUCUGCAACGCAGUCGGAUGAGCAGGAAGCAGGUUGCGGAGUUCCGCCACGGCCUGGAGUGGCGACCAUGUCCGACCCCUGCCAGCUCCGCCCCCGGCACUAGCGACCCCGCCCCAGCCUCUUGCCGAACUCUCGUGGUGCUGCUGCCAUGGAUGUGGGCCGCCGGCACCUCAGUCGACAAGCACGUGGCCCUCUAUCACGGCCUGGGCUGUGACGUGGCGCUGUUCCAUUGGCCGCCGCUGGCCGUGUGGCUGCCGCUGCUGGCGACCCGCAACGCGAUGGCGCUGCUGCAGGGCCUGGCCGCACACCUGGCGGAGCAAGAGCAGCAGCAGCUCGAGGGGAACAGCCCGAUGAAGCAGCACCAGCGGCGGCAGCAUCAGCAGGAGCAGGAGCGGCCGCCGUCCGGCGCAUGGCACGAGGCGGCAGGGCAACACGGGGCCGGACAACAGCCGGCACGCGUGGUGGCAGGGGCAGGGGCAGGGGAAGCAGCCGCUAGCACUGGCGCAGGCGCGUCUAGCUCCGGCGGCGGCGGUGGCUGUCCUGGGACGGAGUCUGGGUUGUUAGAUCUGAAGCGCGGCGCCGCGGGGGGAGCUGGAUCCACCGCAGGCGGCAGCGCAGCACAUGGUGGCUGCAGUCCCGGGGCUAUGCCCCCACACCCAUGCCCGACCCAGAUCCGGAUCCGGAGGCCGCACGUGGUUCUGGUGUCGUACAGCGGCGCCGCCAAGGGCUUGCUGGCGCCGGCUCUGGAACGGCUGGUGGCGGCGGCCGCUGUAGCAGAUGGCACUCGCGGUGGUGGCGCUGUAAGUGUAGGAAUGGAGUGGCCCGGGGCGGGCGUCAUCGGCAGCAGCGGCGACACAGGUUGCAUUGGCGGAAGCAGCACUGGCGGUAGCGGGUCUGGCUCGGCGGAAUCAGCCAAGCGGCGGCGGCAGCUGCCGCCGCCGCCCGGCGGGCCGGUGGGCGAUGCAGAGCGGGUCGUGUUGCGGCACCUGGCGGGCGUUGUGUUUGACUCGGGGCCUGUUGACUUUGACUCGAGUGUGGGUGUCACGCUGUUUGCCAACAGCAAGGUGCCGGCGGUGCGGCAAUUGCAGCGGGCGGCGGGCGGCGCGGCGGCGGGUGCCAUGGACUUCUUCAUGUACGAGGUGUUUGAGGGCCAGCGGCGGCACAUGUGGCGCUCCCUUCGCAGCGGCCUGGCGCUAUUGGGCCGCCCCACAGCCUUCCUGUUCAGCUGGGCCGGAGACGGCCUCGCCAACCCCCAGCCCAUACACGCGCUGGCCACCGCGCUGCGAUCGCCGGCUGUAGCACCGCCGCCGCCGUCACAGCAGCAGCAGGCGGUGGAUGGGGAGGGAGGAGGCGGAGCAGAAGGAGGAGCAGGGGGCGUGGGGCCGCAGAAGAGGUCGUGGGGGAGGUGGGCGUGGGACAUGGCGUGGGCGGCGAUGCUGCCUGUGUCGCCCUUCGCGCACGCGCCGUCCGCGGGGCCAGGGAUGAUGGCGGCGGGAGGCGGGGCGGCGGGCGGCGGCGGCAGUGAUGGUGCCACAGCGGAUGCAGGCUGGGGCUCGGGAGCACUGCCCACGCCGUCGCCCUUGGCGGGGCUCGACUUCAGCGGCGGAGCCGGAGUGGCAGGGCAAGCAUGGGAAGGGCAGCCGCAGCCGCAGCCGGCUGCAGCAGAAGCAGCUGCAGCAGCUGCAGGAGCAGCGCCGGCGGUGUCGGCGGUGGCGCAAGCGGGGCGGGGGGGAGCGCUGCUGCUGCCGGCCCUGGAGUGGGUGCAGGAGCAGGCGUGGGGCGCCUCAGAGCAUGUGGCGCACCUGCGGCGGCACCCGGAGGAGUACAGGGCUGCUGUAGCAGCCUUCCUGCAGCGCUGCGAGCGGCAGUAGCAGCGCUGGCGGCGGCAGCGACGGCAGCGUCAGUAGCAGUAGCAAGGGCCCCGGGGGCAGUAGCAGGCAGGGCGGGGGGCUUGGGCGCUAGCUGUUACAGGCGUGGAGGGUACGAGGUCUGCAGCCGGGCCGGGCCUGGCGGUAGGACCCGUGGGACACAGCGGUACCGGACAUACGGCUCCGUUGGUCCGACUGGCGCCGUUGACCUCGGUAAAGUUCAGACGGUGCUGGUGCCCAUCGCACAAGCAACCUUAAGGCACUUUAAUUUGCAUGUAAGUGUUUUUGAGU